AUGAUCCCGAUCGCGCGCCCCCCGACGCCGCCCCGACCGCGCCGCCCCCCCCCCCUCGCCGACGACGAGAUCCCCGCGCUCGAGACCAUCGCCCCCGCCAUCUUCGUCCCCCUCCCCCCCGACUUCUGGCGCGCCUUCUCCCCGCCGGCCUCGCGCGCCGCCCACCUCGAGCAGGCCCUCGCCACCACCGACCUGCUCGCCGCCCGCGUCCGCGACAACAUCCUCGCCCUCACGCGCCGCGAGUGCCUGCGCAUCGCGCGCCGCGCCGCCGCCGACGAGGCCGCCUUCCGCGCCGGCAACCCCGACGCGCCCGCCGCGUGGGCCCGGAAGCCCGUCGGCCCGGACGACCUGCGCGCCUUUGUGACCAACCUCGAGGCGGCGCCGUCGGACCCCGGCCGCCCGGCCGCCCAGCUGCCUGGGCCGGACUUUGACGCCUGGGAGGCCCUGCGGCCGGCGGACUGGGGCGACCGCGAGAUGACGGCCACCAUUGCCAGGACGCUCAACGAGGUCCGGGGGUACGAGGCGUACGUGCGCAAGGUCCGGAGGGAGAUGGAGGUGGCGCUGGAGGAGGAGCGGAGCAGGUCGCGGUCGCGGGGUGCGGAGAACGACGCCAGCGGCAGCGGCAGCGGCAGCGGCAGCGGCAGCAUGGACAUGGACACGAGCCUUUGA